AUGGCGCCUGAAGAUCUAGCCAAGUCCGACGACGAUAGUGCGAGCCAGUCUUCUCUGGAUUCCUUCGAAAUGGACGACUCACACAUGACCGAAGAACCGUACAUGCGACCAGGCUGGCAGCAGCACCAUCCUGCCCAGGACAUGAAUUUCGAGGCAACCUCCCGCACAGAUCCAUCGACGUUGGCAAUUUACAAGAAUCUCGUCAUUCUCAAUGCGGAUUCUAAUGAAGCCUCCGCACCUUGGAUCAGACUUCUGCGAAUCGAGGCAGGGCAACCAGGCCAUCCGAUUCAUUGCACGUUAUUGAAGCACCAGCUCUGGGAAGACAGAGAGUACUCUGCGCUGUCCUGGUCCUGGGGGCAACAGCCACGCUCCAGGACGAUCUCCAUCAAUGCCGCACAAAUUCCCUUCUCCGUAACGGAACAUUUGUGGACCGCUCUCGACAAGUUGAGGAGUACGUACAGCAGUACCACCAUCUGGAUAGAUGCCAUCUGCAUUGAUCAGGAGAACUUCGUGGAGCGAGCCGCGCAAGUCGGCAUCAUGGCUCAGAUUUAUAACGGCGCAAGCAAAGUCAUGGUAUGGUUGGGUAGCUCAGGGCAUCCUCAAGGUCAAACAUCAAUGGUUGAGCGUUUCUCAUCGCUUUGCAAUCAAUCUUCGCCGUGGUGGAAAAGACUUUGGGUGGUGCAAGAAUGCGCUUAUGCCCAGGCAUGUCCCCUUCUCAUGAUUGACGACGAUCAAAUCAGCAUGAGGGCUUUCAUCAGAAUAUUGGACGAUAGGCUGGCUCAUUCAAAUUCGCUAGGGAACACGUUGAGUGGGAGACCUGGAAGUUUGAGUGCAAACCUCGAGCUUCUUCGAAUGCCUUUCGAAGCCUGGAUGACCGGAACAGAGCGAAACCGACAUCGUAUGCCACUCGUGGAGCGACUGCGACAGACGUCCGGACGAGAGUGCAAAGACCCGCGUGAUCGCAUAUACGCUCUGUUGGGGCUGAUAGAUGAGGUCGAAGCACGCUUGAUCAAACCCGACUAUCGAAAAUCGUACCCGGAUUUGUUGCUCGACGUUGCUCAAGCUCUCGAUCAUUAUCCGUAUAGCAGCAUCAAGGGCUGUGAGAGUGCUUUAGAUGAAUUGAUCGAAGAGGAAGACCUCAUUUCGAGUGUCCUGGAGCGACGAGCUUGGCUGCGGCAGCGCAAUGCCCCACUCGCGGCAAUAUCGCUGGAACAGCACCGCUCAAUCAAAAAGGAUAUCCAGCGGUCAAGACUGGGAGCUCGGAAGCCGUUCAUCAACUUCUAA